AUGAUGCGGAUACCCAAAGGAGUUUCACCUGCUUCUGGAAGAGGUGUUGUUGGAAUCUCAUGUUCUCAGAAGAAAGUUUUGGCAGGAAUGAAAACAGACCUUUUAAAUACAGGCUUAUCGAGCCCGCAGAUGAAUUCUGUACAGACUGGGUAUUUCACCCAGCUCUGCAAUACGACAGCUGCAGAGCAGAGAGCAAACUGUCUCUAUGCAACCCCCCACGGACCUGAAGCCAAGCCAGUAAGGGCGUCCUCUGGUCGACUCCCGGCCAAGAGGAGGUUAGAUUUAGAGGACCCCCUGUACCUCCCCGAUUUCCGCACGCCAAAAGGGAAGGGCGGUAUAGCCUCCGCCAGAAUCCCUAGUCCAAAAACCCCCAAGUCUCCAGGAGAGCGCACCCGUUACGACACCUCUCUGGGUCUUCUCACGAAAAAGUUUGUGGGUCUGCUCAGGGAGUCUGCAGAUGGGGUUCUGGAUCUGAACUGGGCCACAGAAGUUCUGGAGGUCCAGAAACGGAGAAUCUAUGAUAUCACUAAUGUCCUUGAAGGCGUUCAGCUCAUACGCAAAAAAUCAAAGAACAAUAUCCAGUGGAUGGUUGGAGGUGUCUUUGAAGGCUCAGCGGGAGGCUCAGAGAAAUCACAUCAAUUGAAGAGAGAGUUGGGAGAGCUGGAGAGACAAGAGAAAGUUCUGGAUAACCUGAUUCAGACCAGUACCGCCCAAUUACGAGAGCUCACAGAGCACAAAGAUAACCAAAGAUUAGGCUAUGUCACCUACCAGGACAUCCGCUCCAUAGCCAGUCUUCAGGACCAGACAGUGAUAGCUGUCAAAGCCCCAUCAGAAACAAAACUGGAGGUACCAGAGGCUUCAGGGGGCUCUCUGCAGAUCUACCUAAAAAGCAAAAACGGCCCCAUUGAAGUAUACCUCUGCCCAGAGGAAGGGCUGCAGGAUGCCAGCCCAGUCAAAGGCACCACACCAAGGAAAGAGUAUUCUCAGCCUCUUGCCACAUCUGCCAACACCACUAUCCUCUCCAAUCACUACGCAGCCAAACAGGAGCCUUUGGAAGGUGCACUUUCCAAACCCCACCUGACCACAGGCAGCAGUAGCAGUGCAAGUACCACCACAAGCUCUCUCCUGGAUGUAGAGGGCAUUCUUGGUUUGCCCCCUAGUCUGCUCCAGAUCACUGAGGACCAGCUCCCUGGAACAGCCUUCGGACCUGACUCAGCCGGUCCCUUCGUAAGCUUCUCACCCCCCCUCGAUCAUGAUGACUACCUUUGGGGACUGGAGGAUGGAGAGGGGGUGUCUGACCUUUUUGACGCUUAUGACCUCGGUGACCUUCUGAAAAGCUAA